AUGUUUGCAAGCAGCGCCUGCGUGCGCUGGCCCCGGAAGGUGAAGCACCUGCUGGCGGCACUGGGCGGAGCCUGCGCAGGUGCUCACAUCACCGUGCAGAUCAUCUACACGGUCUGGGCCGAGGACGGCAUGAAGGCUCCGAUCGUCUACGGCCUGCUGGUGACCAACCGUGCAGAAUGGUGCAUCGGCCACGACAGCUGCCAGAUCUUCUACUACACCUUUAUCGUGCUGGUCAUUGUGAGCCUCAUCACUCAGAGCUUCGUCUCCAGCUUCGUGCGCCUGGCGCAGCCUCAGAAGCCCUUCGAGCCCAGCAAGUUCCGGCACCCCAGCGAGGCCAAUCCCGGAGGUGAGGAGGUGCGGGAAGACAAGGAGAAGGAUGAGCCCAACCUUUUGCGACGCUGCUUGGGCCAACCUGAUCCGUCCAACACAUGGGCAUCCAACUUGGCGACGCCAUGCAGCGCUUGGGUCUUCCUCUUCUUCGUGGUGUCCCUCUCCUGCGCCGCCACCUAUGCCUUCUCCUUCUUCGUGUACUGGGCUGACGGCACCAGCACCAACUUUUUCCUGGGCCUCCUGUAUGUCGUGGCGAAUGCCUUCUGUCUCUGGAGCAUCAUCGAGUUCUUCCUCACCACGUUGUGGUUCCACGCCAUCCGGCUGAUACUGGGCAUGCCGCGGCUUCCUCGCAAGGACUUCAGACAAGGCCUCCCAGAGAGCGCGCGCUGCAUCCUCUCCUACUGCUUGCUGUCACGCCAGGAGGAGUGCUCCCAGGAAUGUUUUCGCACAGCUUGUGAGGCGCACCUGGCCAACCUCGAUGCUCGCUCGCUGAUCACUACUGCGGUGGUGAGCGUGUCCAGCGCGCUGAACGUCGUACAGUGUGAGAUGGACUGCAGAGAUCACUGCCGCCAACAGAUCACAGCGACGUUGUCACAGGAGCUCAAGAUUCUCCUGGAGGCCUUCCCCGAAGGUUUCACAUCGACGUCCCACGACCGGGACGAGGAGGUCCGCGAGAUGCGGCUCCAGACGGUGCGAGAGGCGCUUGACGGCACGAAGGGGGCGCUGGAUCGCGCCUCCUUCUGGCUGCAGUGCAUCGAUUCAGAGUGGGCCGGCGCUCACGGGGACCAGGAGUCCUACAGAGAGGGCUUGCAGCUUCGCGUGGAGGAUGCGGCCAGGCACUUCAUUUACCUGCACAGGAACUGCCGCAUUCUCAAGAAGCCAGGGCAAUACCAGGACCUCAUGGUCUUGGCCUCUACUGGCAGCAACGAGGCCUUUACCUACCUGAAAGAGGACUAUGGCAGCCAGGGCCGUCGCUUCGGCAGUGCCUGCUUUGGCUUCCAGGGCAAUGUGGAGAUGCCCAAGGACAUGUCGCCGGAGGACUUCCAUUCGGCGACCAUGGAGCUCAGCGCACGGAUGCAGCAGGACAUCAGCCUGGUGGCAGGCUACGGCUCGAACCCAGUGACCCGUUAUCACUACACCAUGGUUCUGGACUCGGAUACCGUGUGCCCAAACCGCAGCAUCGAGAAACUGCUAGCCACCGCGGAGCACUCGGCAAACCAGGCGUACGGGAUCAUCAACGCCAACUUGGCCAACGACUACACGGCGGACGAGAGCUGCACCUGGCACAUGUGGAGGAACGCGCUCAUGGAGGUUUCGACGGUGAACCUGCAGCGGGGACAGUUCUGGAUCUUCAACCGCGUGGGUUUCUAUGGGAAAGGCCUCAUCCGCAACGACCUGUACAUCCCCCGGUUGAUCGGGCGCCCGGGGAGUGUCAUGGAGGCCCUUCCCAUCGACAUCCUCAGCCACGACACCGUGGAGGCCAAGCUCCUGCAGCCGGCCAUCGCCUCGGACGUGACCUUGUACGAAGACGUGGCCAGGAAUCCCAUCAGCGCCAUGUCCCAAUCCACGCGAUGGAUGUUGGGAGAGGUGCGGAAUUGCUGUUACCACUCCAGCGGUAUCUACACCCCCGUGGUGCAGGUCCUCUCCUCGGUGUACAGCCUGUGCACCAAGUGUGAGCUUCCAAAGCAGCGCUGGGUGCGGUGGCGCGAGGUGCCCUGCGCCAGCAGCGCGGAGUAUUUGUCCCACACGGGCUUCCGGCUCUUCCACGCAGGCCCUGGCAUUCUGCUGGUGAACCUGUGCUCCACGGUGCUGGCGGCGAAUCAGUGGGCCCUGGAGCUGGUGAUUUUGCCCUUCCUAGGCUUCUCUGCGCUGCUCUUUACAGUCCUGGCGCUCUUCAUCAUCCCCAAGGGCUUCCUGAUCCUCGACAAGCUGCCCUCGCUGCGGCUGGGUCGAUUCUGCCUGCUCAGCAGCAAGUCUUCCAAGGUGGGGGAUGGCAAGUUCGAGGCCGAGCAGGACCUUACGCGGCAGGACAUUGCCUUCUGCAGCCUGAGCAAAUGCUUCCCGGACACUGAGUCCGGCGUCUGGCCCUCCGAGACCUCGAUCUCGUCUUCUCCUCGCGUGCUGGGGCGGUGCCAAGUGCUCGUGCGGCAGCUGGGGCUCUCAGUGAUCGAGAUCGUGCUGUCCAUUUUCCUCUACUCCCCGGAGCUGAUCCUGGGCGUGCUGCGGCUGUGGCGGGGCGUCUGGGCCCAAGCCUCCGGAUCCGCGAGCUGGAAGCCCCAGGAUGCGGUGGAGAGGGAAGUCGAGCAGAACCUGUCCCUGUGGUACGUAUUCAAGCAGACUUGGUUGGUCUUUCUCUGCGGAGUUGCCUACCUUGCCUACAUCCUCACCUGCCGAGUGAUCGACCUCCUGGUCCUUUUCAUUGUCAUCCCCUGGGUGAUGUACCCGCUGUCCACCUACGCCAUGUGCCGGCGCGUGCCAGCGAAAAUGAAGGACUGCUUCCUCUGGACCUGGGUCAUGGAGAUCAAAGCGGCAGAGAAGACUUACUCCUGA